CGCAACUGCGCAUGCGCAGAUCCCUGCCAGCUGACCGUCAUGAACACAUGAGCAGAAUGUCUGCCGGCAGAAACGGAUCCAUUAAUAGAUGACUGGAAUCUAAACCGCGAUAAACAAUGGCUGACCUGCAACCUCAGUUGUUUCUUCAAAGGGGGAUCUUUUGAAAAUGACACACAGAGAAACCUGGAAGAUGCAGCACGAAAGGUUGCACGUGAAACACAGAGGCCAUGAGGCCAUGCAUGCUGAGAUGGUUUUGAUUCUUAUCGCCACACUAGUGGUCGCUCAGAUCGUGUUGGUUCAGUGGAAACAAAGGCACGGCAGAUCAUACAAUCUGGUGACGUUGUUGCAGAUGUGGGUGGUUCCAUUGUACUUCACCAUUAAACUUUACUGGUGGCGUUUCUUAUCCACAUGGGGCAUGUUCUCAGUCAUCACAAGCUAUGUCAUAUUCAGAGCCACACGCAAGCCGCUGUCCUGCAGAACGCCACGGAUGGUGUAUAAAUGGUUCCUCCUCAUUUACAAGCUCAGCUACGCUGUUGGUGUGUUCGGAUACCUCGCUAUCAUGUUUACCAUGUUUGGAUUCAACGUUUUCUUCAGGAUCAAAGCAGAGGACUCUAUGGAUGUGGGUGUGAUCAUGCUUUUCUAUGGUCUGUAUUACGGUGUAAUGGGACGUGACUUUGCAGAAAUUUGCUCCGAUUACAUGGCGUCUACUAUAGGGUACUACAACAAGGGUGGCAUGCCAUCCCGAAACCUUAGCAAUGACAUUUGUGCCGUGUGUGGUCAGAAGAUUCUCGUGGACAUAGAUGAGGAAGGGAUUAUUGAAGACACUUACCAGCUCUCCUGUAACCACAUAUUUCAUGAGUUCUGUAUCCGUGGCUGGUGCAUCGUGGGAAAAAAACAGACGUGCCCAUACUGCAAUGAGAAGGUGGACCUCAAAAGGAUGAUGAACAACCCCUGGGAGAGGACACACGUUUUAUAUGGCCAGCUUUUGGAUUGGUUAAGGUACCUGGUCGCCUGGCAACCCAUCAUCAUCGGAAUCGUGCAUGGAAUAAAUUUUUCACUUGGACUUGAAUGAAUUUCCGCAGUAUGUUGUUUCAUUAAACUGUGCAUGUGUCUGCCUUUAUAGUAUUUAUUUGUAAAUUGUGUACUUUAUAAUAUAAACCAGACAGCUGCUUUU